AUGGACGAUGCCACCUGGUCCGCUCUCCUUGACACUUGUGCCCGGACAGCUGGGGACCCUCUCUCCGAGUGUCCGGAAGGAUGGGAGCUGUGCUUGCUGGCCAAGGUGGCCGCCCAGCGCUUUGGACUCUCGGUCCGGAAGCUGGAAAUGGUGCUGCUGGAGGCUGAGACCCUGGAGCAAAGCCGUCAGAUCCUGCAUGCGGCGCUGCCCAAGACCACUGACAUCGAAGAGCUCUUGGCACGUGCCGAGCGCGACCCGCGCGGGGCGGAGCGCCGCGUUACGCGCUCGCGCUCGCGGAGGCGGCAGGUGCUGGGCGCGGCCCGGGCCAAGUUGGCAGCGCUGCGGGUUGAGCACCCGGCUGCGGUGCAGGUGGGCGAGCUCACGGGGCGCUUGCUGCUGGCGGGGAAGGAGCUGUUGCGCGCAGGGGACAGCUCGGUGGGAGCCGCCGCGCUUCCGGCACAGUUCACGUCCCUGCGCGCGCCGGUGAGUGUGGGUCCUCCGGCGUUCUUUCCCGUGGGCAACGCCGCGGGACGCUUCCUGCCUUUGACCUCGGACCUCUCUGCGCUGGAGCCGCGGCUGCUCUUCGUGGGGCUCUCGGAUUUGCGGCACCUCUUCGUGGCACUGGAGGCCUUGGAGGGAGGACCGAGGUCGGUGACCUGCGUGUUGAACGACCUGAAUGCUGAGACCUGUGCGCGAAAUGCUUUGAUGCUGCAGUUGCUUUCAGAAGGCGAUUACCCAUUAGGGCACAGGAUCCUGUCCAUUUUCACUGUCUGGUGGUUACAUGAACUUCCCAUGCCAGCUGUGCCACUGUUGUGCCAUGCAGCUGAACAAGCGCAGAAAAGUUGUUGCACAGGAACUCGACAAGUGCUACAGAAAUGGAUUCAACAAUGGAGAAGUGAUGCCGGUUUCACUGGCACCGAGCUGCAAGAGGUCUUGCAGACAGCUGACUUGUCACAAUCCGACCUAGCUGAGGCUGCUGAAGCUUUUGCACAUGCGCCAUGUGUCUUCAACCUCACGCUCCAACACACUUCCGCGCGCCUUCAGUACAACUUGCAUUCGGGCCAAGCCGUGCCUUCCGGCUGGCAAGAUGCUGGAGACGGGGUCCUUCUGUGGCCACCACUGCCCGAGGACGAGGAGUUCGAUCCCGACGCCGGCGCGCCCGGCCGCGCCGAGUACUUGGGGGCCUUGACGAAGCUGCUCCCACGCAGCGCGCAGGCGUUGGCGGCGCUGGCGCCGUGGGGCGGUUCACUUCGAUGGUCGGUGCGGGCCGGCGACUGCCUGGCGCUCAGGUGGAGUGGGAAGACUCGCUUUGAGCGAGUCUUCACGUCGAAUGUGGCAGACCAUGUGGGGGUGGUGAACUUGGUGGUGGCUUUGGUGCCAGUCUUGGAAGUGCCAGAUGGGAGGCUGGAAGUCUGUCUGAGCAACAAUCUUAAGGCGUUGGACCUCCAGGGUGACAUUUUCAGCCUCUUUCCCAAGCUGUACAACCUCACGGUGGAGGAGGUGAGUGACCUCUUGGGCAUCCGCUGUGAAUCGCCGCAGCGAGAUCAGCUCUGGAUAUAUCCUCGUGAAGCUGUGGAGGCCACUGAGACGAGACCGUCGCGUGCCCUGGUCGACUGGCUCGUGUCCUCGACUGGGCGGCUCUACCGUUGCCCUUCGCCGGACCCCGAGACGCUCCUCCGGCGGCGUGCGCACGGGGACGUGCUGGGCAUGGCGCUGCGCUUUCUGCGGCGCUUCACCUGCUCCAAGGUGAUGCUGCUGACGAUCGCCAGUCUGCUGAAACAACGGCAGAUCGAUGGUUCCACGACUGAAGCCGAAGCCGCGCUGAAAGAGGUGCUGGUGGCAGCGCCCUUUGGGGAACAGCAGCUGGCGCUGCUUCUGCCAGAGCUCCAGGCCGAGCCCCGACACUGGCGCCUGGCGCGCUUCCGCGUGGCGACGGUGCCGUCCUGGGCGUGGCGGGCACGCCCCACGGUGGUGCUUGCGUGGGCGCGCGGACGGGCGUUGAGCAGGGCCAAGCAGCAGGGCGUGAGGCUUCAGCCGCAGGAGGGGUCGGGACUCAGCUGUGGAUUGGACUUGGUGUCGAUGUUUCUGUACUGA